CACAAACCACCGGAAAAGCACAGUUGCCUGACACACUAACCAUUUUUAGGGUUUCGAAAACUCAAAUUUUCUGAAAAAAAAUUGACGACAGAAAACAAUGUCAGGUUCAAAUCAAACACAACAACAACAACAAAUCACACCCCUGAAAACAAUCGAAUCGGCAAUAAACCUAAUCGACCCCAAAAAACAAACCCUAAAACGCGCCUUCGAUGAGCUCCAAUCUCACUCCUCCCUCAUCUCCUCCUUCUCCCUCUCCUGGUCGGACAUCGACUCACACUUCUCCUCCGUGCAAUCCGGACUCACCCGCCGCUUUCUCCGCCUCCAAGAACACCCGGUCCGACCCGACCCGGAAGUAUUGAAUACGGUUCCUCCGACCCGGUCUACCGAAUACCCGCCUGCCCGUAAGGAGUUGAAAUUGUUCUGUGAGAAGAUGGACGGAAAGGGAUUGGGGGAUUAUAUGAGUGAGAAUUCGAAAGACCGGGAAGCUAUUCGGGCUGAGUUAAUCGGGUUAUUUGUGGGUACGGGUACGGUCCGUGAUUUAGGAGAAAUUGUAUUGGAUGCAAUGCAAGGGUUUUAUCAUGUGAGCCAUAAAGAUGCAGAUUUCAAUAGAAAAAGGAAGGGUUGUUUAGAUUUAUUAGAGGUAAUAUGUGAGAUUAAGGCUAAAUUAAAAUUAAGUGAUGAGGUGAAGCUUAAAGCUAAAAAAUUGGCUUUGGAUUGGAAAAAUUUGAUGAAUUCGAACGUUACGAUUAAUCCUUUAGAAGCAUUAGGGUUUAUGAACUUCGUUGCGGCUUUUGACUUGAAGGUUGAUGAUGUGUUUUCUAAUGAUAGUGAGCUUUUGGAUUAUUUUUUUGCUGUUGCUAGGUUUAAAGAAGCUACUGAUUUGGCUCGUGCUAUCGGUUUAGGUGAUAAAACUAACGAUCUCGUUCAGAAACUCAUGGACAAUGGAAAACACCUUUUGGCUGUCAAAUUUGUAUUUGAUCUUGGACUGGCUGACAAGUUCCCACCUGCUCUUCUCUUGAAAAAUCACCUGACGGAUUGCGAGAAUUAUACUAUUAAAAGUUGCACGGACGAGAGGAUCUCUGUUAGGGCACAGAAUGAGGCAAUAUGCAGACAAAUUAAUGCUGUGAAAGUAGUACUUCAAUACAUCGAUCAACACAAUCUUCAAUUCGAGUAUUCCCGUCUGGAUCUUGAGAAGCGUAUUGAGAUGCUAGAGAAGCAGAAAGAAAAGAUAGCUGCCGCACCAUCUUCUGAUAAUAGGCCUCAACAGCUGACAAAGAGGCAGAAGCUGGCAAAGCAGCAAGCAAAAAAGCAGCAGAUGGGUGGAAACAAACAUCCUCGAGUGCCUGCUCCUGCAGCAGUUGCAAUCAGUGCUGCUGGUUCCAGUCAACAAUCUUAUUUACCACAGGCAGGUUUGUUGCCAGCAGCUGAGCCUUAUGGGUUAGCGAGUUACGCUCCUCCCAUUACCUCUUAUGCAGGUGCAUUAGCUGGUCCAUAUGGCUCGGCGAGAUCUAUUAUGGGAUUCCCUGGUAACCCAGGACCUGUUGUGGCCCAUCCGUACUCUUCAGAUCCUUAUACGACUCCUGGUGGUUAUUAUGAUCGGCCAUCUGUUUAUAAUGGAUAUGGUCAUCCAUCCCAAUACUAUCCAGGUUACAUUCCGCAGUAGCGUAAGUGGUAGUGCAACUCUGGAUGGUACAUUUUGACUUUUUUACUGAUGGGGGUUAGGUUAUCAGAAAGCAAGUUUUUGAUUGCCAUGAAUGUAUAUAGCAACUUAGUUAGUUGUAUUGGGGGCAUUGUUUCACUUUUUUAAGUUUGUAAACAGUACCCACAAUGUCUACAUAUCAAGUUAUUAAUGCAUUGUAAUUAUAUGCCUUCUUUUGGUUAGGAUUGGCUUUGGGAGGUCAAUGCUACGUUGAAUAAUUCUUCGUUUUGCUUCUGCCUGUCAAUUUGAUUUGAGGAUAUUAGCGUAA